GAUGCCACACUGUUUUGACAGCAUCAACAACCCAAAAAGUUUGUGUUUAUAAAGAAAGUGCGCAAGUGCUAAGUGAGAUAUAAAGACACUGCGAUUUUACGAUUUAAGAACAUAUUGAAGGACACAGUCUAAAAGAUUAAGUAAAUUAUACGGGAUAACUGUAAAUUGUGAAAAAAUGCGAGAUUUUGUGCAGAAAAUGUUAACCUUCGUCGCACUAUCGCUCCUCUCCGUGCUAACGAUUGAAGCUAGCCCACUCUACUACAAAGUUGGCAAAUACGGCAGAUACAAUAUCGACCCACUCAUCGCCUCCGCAUCGGCCGAGGUGCCGAUGGUACAGAGCAACAACUUUGACACGAUUAUGGCUGAUGACAAAUUCCCCACGGAUUCUAUAAAGUAUCAGAAUUUCGCCAGUUUCCACGAACCAAAAAUGACAGCGGAGUCCGACUUCAGUAUGGACGAAACACAGUUCUUGCCCAAGAAUACACCGAUACGUGCACCGCAAGCCGUGUCGAAGCAGGAACGUGAAAUACGUCAGCGCAUUGAAGUGGCCGAUCCCAAGCUGGAGAAAAAGAAGAUGCUGAAGUUGAAAAAAGGAUCCUCAGUGCCGCGCGGCGCCGACGCCUAUGCAUGGGAUCAGUUCGAUUACGAUCUCUAUAGCGUGAACCCGGCAAAUCAAAAGAAAUUCUAUUGAACGCAUUGUGUUGCAAGUCUCUACCGAUGUUUUUGUUGUGUAUUUAUUUAUUUCCUUGUGAUAUUUUCUGUUAAGACAUUUAAUAAAAUAACUUAUUUAUUGUAAAAAACAAAA